AUGGUGUAUCGUCCCUUUAAAUGUAAUCGUUUAAAAUUUAACUACCUUGAGUGUAAAAAAGAAAUAACUUACUACAUACUGGACUUACGACAACUACCGAGAAAUAACUACAUACUGGACUUACGACAACUACCGAGAAAUAACUACAUACUGGACUUACGACAACUACCGAGAAAUAACUACAUACUGGACUUACGACAACUACCGAGAAAUAACUAUAUACUGGACUUACGACAACUACCGAGAAAUAACUACAUACUGGACUUACGACAACUACCGAGAAAUAACUACAUACCUGACUUACGACAACUACCGAGAAAUAACUACAUACUGGACUUACGACAACUACCGAGAAAUAACUACAUACUGGACUUACGACAACUACCGAGAAAUAACUACAUACUGGACUUACGACAACUACCGAGAAAUAACUACAUACUGGACUUACGACAACUACCGAGAAAUAACUACAUACUGGACUUACGACAACUACCGAGAAAUAACUACAUACUGGACUUACGACAACUACCGAGAAAUAACUACAUACUUGACUUACGACAACUACCGAGAAAUAACUACAUACUGGACUUACGACAACUACCGAGAAAUAACUACAUACUGGACUUACGACAACUACCGAGAAAUAACUACAUACUGGACUUACGUAAGCUGCCGAGAAAUAACUACAUACUGGACUUACGACAACUACCGAGAAAUAACUACAUACUGGACUUACGACAACUACCGAGAAAUAACUACAUACUGGACUUACGUAAGCUGCCGAGAAUUAAUGAAAAAAAAUAG